AUGCAAUGUGUCAAUAGAGAAACAAGGAUGUUAGCCUGUAGGCAUGUUGCCAGGCUUAGACCCUUUGGACUGAAUAUUAGAACUUCACGAAACCUGUACCAAUUACAUUCCGCUAAUGCAAGACUUUACGCUACAAAAAAGGUAAAUAACAAGAUAAUAGAUAGCACUUGGUAUACCAAAGAUGGACCUGACAGUAGUUCGAAUGGACAUAAACCCAAGCUCAGGAGCACAGUAGAUUUUGCAUUGGAUAAAUUAAAGGAUAAUUUAAACAGAGGAAAAGAUCUGUACCGUAAGUACUCCUCUCAAUUGGGAGAGCAGAAGAGUAAGAUCAAAGGGGCUCUUCGAGAAGCGGAGAGUAGAUUUCAAGAACAAGAAGCAUUGGAGAAGAAAGAUUCAAAGUUGAAUUAUAACAUCGAUGCCACCACAGGUGGUAAAAUUACAGGUCUGCCGUCUGAAAGAGAAGUACAUCGUAGAAGAUGGGCAAGAAAACUUGAAUAUUAUUUAGAUUCCUUACAAGAGACGAUAUUUUCAGCUAGCAAAGCAUUCAAUGACGUUACUGGGUACUCUUCAGUACAGAAAUUAAGAAAUAGCAUUGACUUUCUGCAAAAUCAGUUACAAGAAACAAAGAUUCAAUUGAAACAAGUCAAGAAGGAAUAUGCCGAUGCGAUCGAUAGAAGGAAUAACUCUCAAAGAGAAUUGAACGAAUUAUUACAAAGGAAAAGCUCGUGGUCCACAGAUGAUUUGGAAAAUUUUACAAGAAUAUAUAAAGAUGAUUCUCAAAAUACAAAACAAGAACAAGAGUUAAAACAAUCCGUACUGGAAUGGGAGGCCAAAAACGAGAAGGUUAGCGAGGAUCUGUACACUGCUAUCCUGACAAGGUAUCAUGAAGAGCAGAUCUGGUCGGACAAGAUCCGAAGGACAUCAAGUUACAGUUCGUUUUUCUUGAUGGGGAUGAAUUUAUUUCUAUUUCUUGUGUUGCAGUUAUUUCUAGAGCCUUGGAAGAGGCGUAGAUUGACGAACUCGUUUGAGGAUAAAGUUAAACUCGCCCUAAAUGAACAAUCUGCCUCUCUAAGUAAAGACUCAAUCGAAAGUGUAGACAAAUUGAACGACAAACUGGAGGCAUUCCUGCAGACCCAAAAUCCCAAGGAGACAAAUCCACUAGAUACAAGUGCCAUCUGGACAUGGCUAAGAGAUAUCACGACCAAAUUACAAUAUUUUGAGUUAUUCAACCCCAAUAAAACCAUCACUUUAACCCCACUACAGGUCUAUUCCGUUCUCGCGAUGACCAGUCUGCUUACCAUCUUUCUCAACGCACUAGUCUAA